UUGUAACUGUGCGUAAUGUUUACCAAACAUAUCUGAAAUCAGUAAAAUGGAAAUAGAAUUAAUUGAAUUGAAGGAUGUAAAGUCUAUACCAGAUAUAAUACACACUUAUCCACAACGAGUGAAGUCCGAGUAUACGCCACUCGUUAUUGACAAUGGAUCCUAUAACUGCAGAGUCGGUUGGGCUACUGAAAAGGAACCACAAUUAAUAUUCAAGAAUCUUAUAGCAAAACCGCGAAAGGAACGUGGCAAGAAAGAUGGGGAACCUCAAGUAGGAAAUGACAUAGCGAACAUUGAAGCUGUUCGAUUUCAACUAAAAACUCAAUUUGAUCGAAAUGUAGUGACGCAUUUUGAGGCUCAAGAACAAAUUUUUGAUUAUACAUUUACACAUAUGGGUAUAGAUACCGAGGGCAGUGUAAAUCAUCCAAUUAUUUUGACAGAGGCAUUUCUCAAUCCUAAUUAUUCUCGUAACUUGAUGGCAGAAUUGUUAUUUGAAUGUUAUAAUGUACCAUCAAUAGCGUAUGGUAUCGAUUGCUUAUUUUCAUAUCAGCAUAACAACUGUCCGCCUGAUGGAUUAAUAGUUAGCAUAGGAUAUCAUACCACUCAUAUAAUACCAAUACUAGAUGGAAAAGCAGAUGCCACAAAUGCAAGAAGAAUCAAUGUUGGUGGAUAUCACAUCACAUCAUAUAUGCAUAGACUCCUUCAAUUAAAAUAUCCAGUACAUGUCAAUGCAAUAACACCUAGUCGUGCAGAGGAGUUGAUACACGAACAUUCGAUGAUUGCUUUAAAUUAUCAACAAGAAUUAUCCAAAUGGGCAGAUGCAGAUUAUUAUGACACACAUGUUUUAAGAGUACAAUUGCCAUAUAUCGCGCCUGCUACUACUCCUGGUCUAACACUUGAGCAGCAAAAAGAAAGAAAACGGGAAUUAGCACGAAGACUGAUGGAAAUCAAUGCAAGAAAGAGGGAAGAAAGGUUAGCAGAAGAUGAAGAGCAACUUAACCAGUUGUUGGCAGUUCAAGAUCUUUUAGAAGAAGGUGAAAUCGAUGAAUUUGAUCAGGCAUUAAAGACCUAUUCUCUUGCAAAUGAAGCUGAUUUGAUAAAAAUGAUUAACAAUCUACAAGCAAAAGUAGAAAGAACUAGACAGAAAAUUGUUGCUGCUAAUUCACAAGAGGAAAAUAUAGUGAUAGAAGAAAAACCUAAAAUUAAGUUGAGUCUUCAACCUAAAGAUCAACAAGAUUUUGAUGAGUGGAUUGCUGGAGUUAGAAAAAAAAGACAAGAUAUAUUGGAUAAACGUAUGGCAAAGAGACAACGUAGACAAGAUAUGGCAAAACGAAGAACAGCUGCUGCACAAGAGAGAAUGCGCAUAAUUAGCCAGUUGGCGAAAAAAGAAAAGCGUGAUGAUGAUUUUGGUAUGCGAGAUGAAGACUGGGAUGUAUACAAAGUUAUAAACAAGGAAGGUGGCGAUUCCGAUUCAGAAUUAGAGCAGGAGAAAUUGUUGGAAUUGGAGGAUGUUUUACGUCAUCAUGAUCCAGAAUUUGAUAGUGCCGGUUCCAGUGUUCCUAUGGUUCCUGGGGAAACUCACCAACUUCAUGUAGGCGUAGAACGUCUACGGGCACCAGAAUUGUUGUUUCAACCAUCCAUGAUUGGUUCUGUGGAAGCCGGAAUUGCUGAGACAAUCGAAUAUGUUUUAAAACAAUUUUCUCCUGAAGAACAAACGCGUCUCGUGAGUAACGUAUUUCUCACUGGUGGACCAACAGCUUUCCCAGGAUUAUUAGAAAGACUGAAACGUGAGCUACGUGAAAUGAGACCUUUUGGAUCAAACUUUCAAGUCAAUAUCGCAAAGAAUACCAGCUUAGAUGCUUGGUAUGGUGCAAGAGAUUUCGGUUUAAAUGGCAAUCUUCCUGAAUACUUAGUCAGUCGUAAAGAAUAUGAAGAAAAAGGUGGAGAAUAUUUCAAAGAACAUUUGACAAGUAAUACUUACAUUCGAUCGCCUGAUCCUUUGCCAAUGAUACAAGUACCUGUAACAUCAGAGCAGGUGAUCGUAGAAGAUGCUAUAGUCGAUGUGGAAAUUGAAUAAAAGUCUGUUUGCUGAUCACAAUAUACAGUUCCCAAACAUCGCAUUUUGCCAUUCAACACAAUUACGCGGGAUACGUUCUAUACGUUUUACUUUUUUACUUUUCGAAGACAAUCGACAUCAGCUUCUGGGCGUUCUUCGUGUAGCCUAAAAAAUUAUGAAAGUGAUCCCUCACCUUAGCGAUAAGAUUGAUUUUACAGCAACCUCAGUUACAAAUCUCCGAUCUUGAUCUUAAGCGAUUUAAGCUAACAUCACAAUAUAAUACACACUGAAAUCAUUGUCGAGGCCCCAUAGGUAGCUACAACUAACACUACUAAUUCUUGCAUAUCAAUAAAGGAACCUAUAUUGCGAUAUAACUUCGAUCACUCGAGUGCAAUCAGAAUAAAGAAAGAAAGAUUUAUAUAUAAAUGAUAAUCACAAACUCUAGAUCACAGAUGCACAGCAUUUGUUCGUAGUAGUACAGUUGAUCAAGAUUAAAAAAAAAAAUUUUAUGCAUUGUGUAUUCUCAACCUAUAUCAAAUAACAAUUACAAACAUGAUAUAUAUAUUUUUACAUAUAAUGUUAGACAUGUUCUUUGCAGAAUCUUUUGUAUAUAAAAUACAGUUCAUUUUUCUGCAGACAACAUGUUGAAACAAAUAAACUAAGGUUUGCAUAAAUAUAUACUUUGUUAAAACAGUAUAAAUCUAUAUUAUAAAAGCAUACAAUGCAAGCUGACAAUAUUUGCAAACAUAAAAUUGUAGAGCUCAUUACAAAAUUAAUAUAAUUAACAAUAUUAUUCAAUGUCUGCAAGAUAAUCAAACUGAAAUUUAAUGAAAUAUAUCGAUCGAACAAUUUAUGAUUUAUUUUGUCUUAUUUUACCAUAUUUUUCACACAUAAUCAUGUAAUGAGCUGAACAUCAGAUUUGCAUGUAUAUUUUGUUAAUCAGACUCACUGAUGAGUUAUAUAUAUCUUAAUACAGCGCACGUAAAACUUAAUUUAAAUAUCCUUUACAACUAUCACAGUUUGAGGUUGCCGCAAAUCAAUGCCUCGCCUGUAAUGACACACUAUAUCUUAUGAAAUUUUCAUUCAUAGAGAGAAUAGAAGGGUAAAUAGGUGUGGAGGACACUUGGGUAGUUUUGUUUACGAUAAGAUUGAGGUAGAAUCCAAUCUGCAAAUAAAUACAACUUUUGAUCCGCAUAUGCUAUAAGUGAGGGGCUACUUCCGUCAACAAUAAUGUAACAUUAUAUAAUUAAAAGUAUACGUAAUAUUAAAAUAAUGCCGCGACGAUGAUGAUGAUAUAAUAACAAUAAUUAUAAUGAUGAUAAUAAUGUAAUAAAGAUGACAGUAAAAUAAACUAAUAAUUCACAAUAAUAAUUAAUACAACAACGCAAUUAAUAUUUUUUCCACAAUAUAAUGGAUGUAUAUAUGCAUUUAUAUAUACAUAUACAUUUAUGUAUAUCAUUCAUAUAAUGGGAUAAAGAUUGACAACUAUGUACAGUAUACGUUUGCCUUAGUUGUACCAUCUUUAUGUUAUACGCACCUUGCAUUAAUUAUGACAUAUAAUAAUAAUAAUAAUAAUCAGAAUAAUUACAAUAAUAUAAUAUAAUCGUAAUUAGUAUCGUUCUUUUACUCAUAAAAUAUCCUAUAUAUAACACGUAUCUGUAAUAAUAAUUAUAUGCAGUAUGUACGUAAAGAGGAUGUGUUCAGAUAGGAUAUGUCGAUAAAAACUAUGAUAUACGAAGCAUCAACUUUUUAUUUUCUCUGCUAUCGUUUAUCUUGUUCCAUUUUAUUUAAAUUGUUUUUCGCAAAAUGACUAUUACAAAAGUGCAUUACUCGCGUAUUUUUCUUAUAUUUUAUAUAUAUAUAUAUAUAUAU